UCCGGAACCGUGGUUACGAAUCCAAUACCAAUGUGUUCGGUACACUACCACGAGCUAUUUGCCAAAUUUUCUCCUUCCAAAACGGACCGGGUGAUGAGGAAUCGAAUUUAAAAGAUCCGGUUUCGUUUUGAUCCUCGAAAGCGCCAGCGCCAACAACAUCGCGUGACGCAAGGUCGAAUCUGGCUAAUCCGCUGUGAAGGACGCUGUCGUCUGCCGCCAAGUCUGGGGCUGCUUUGUUUUUUUCCGGCACGUCGCCCGUAUUCACAUGUGACACUUUCUAGUGACUCGGAUACUAUCGCUACGCUUGCAUCCUUCGCGUGGGAUGUCGUUUGGAAACCGACGCAGCGUUCCCGACUCCAGGAAAACUUCCUUCGAAAACCUCGAUGUUUGAUUUCGCACGCCAAGGAUACAGCUACAGCCAGACCCCAGACGAAGCGAAAGUUGGAAGCAGCUACAUCACUAGCGGGUAUCCAGAUGAAGCAAGGAGUGUUCAUGCUGUCCGUGUAUGCUCCUCGCAUUUCACCGAUAAUGUGUACCUGGAUGAGAACGUCAUGGAAGUGCAACUUGGAUUGACACAAAAAAGGAACGAAUUGAAACUUGACGCCGUUCCGACAGUGUUCCACGAACAAAGCGAGCCAGCAACUUCGACACUGCAGGCAGUUCGACAGGGUCAAGCGCAAGUGAAGGACCAGGUGCUGCUGAUCAAGUCCCAUCCAUCCAUGAAACGGCAUCAAACAAUGUACGUGUGUGCACGGCAAUUUUGCUGAGAGACCUGGUUUUUACACUAAUGC